AUGAAAAUCUUAAGUUGGAACGCUAGGGGGUUGGGAAAUCCCACAGCGUUUAGACACUUGAAACUGCUUGUUCGUCAGCUGUCUCCCCAGGUUCUUUUUCUCAUGGAAACUCGUCUUGGUAGUUACUCAAUUUCUAAGUUUCGUCACUCUUUGCAAUUCAAUAAUGGUCUUGAAUCUCCACGGGUAGGCUUAAGUGGUGGAUUAAUGCUACUGUGGAAAGACAAUAUUAAUGUUUCUCUUAAUGUCUUUGGUCCUACAUAUUUUGAUAGCUUCCUCUCCAUUGAUGAUGGCCCCACUUUCCACUUCACUGCCUUUUAUGGUGCACCUGCUGCUUCUAACAGAUCCUCCUCAUGGACCCUGCUUCAAAGAUUAAAUGAUAUUGCUCCUACUAUGCCAUGGCUUGUUACUGGUGACUUUAAUGAAAUCUUAUCUCAAAGUGACAAAUACGGUGGCCCUUUACGCAAUGAAUCACAAAUUGAAGCUUUUCGUAAAGCCUUGGAUCACUACCAUCUUCAUGAUUUACCUUAUGAUGGGGAUCGUUUUACUUGGGUCAAAAACAGGACUGCCAUCUCUACUACAAAGGAAAGAUUGGAUUGGGUUUUCACUAAUCAUUUGUGGAAUUCUUGUUUUGACACGCCUACUGUCUCCCACUUGGAUUUCUUCUCUUCGGAUCAUCGUACAGUUGAUGCUAUUGUUGCUCCCUUGAAUACUGCUGCCUCUUCCCACCGCCAACGCUCUAGAUUUCGCUUUGAAAAGUUGUGGUUGGUUGAUCCUGAAAGUAAGGAUAUUAUUACAGCUUGCUGGUCUCAUGGUUCUCAUAGUGAUCCCAUCUCUAGUAUCAUUCACAAGCUUGAAAGUUGUGCAACAUCCCUUCAGCAAUGA